AUGAGCGACUAUAAAGAUGUGAUACCAGAGCAAGUCAAAGGGAACUGCAUGUCUGCUAAGUUUGACCUCUCUAAACCGGAUCGGAAAAUUCACGUCGGAGUCAUUCUGAUUGAUAGUGAGACUGAAAUCCUUGAUGUUGCUCCCAUCGACUUGAUUCAUGGUCUUUCCAAGAGUUUCUGGAAGAAGGGCAUGGCAGAUUUCGUGCCCGCCGAAUGGGAAGAGCAGACCUUCGAUAUGGAGUUUCACUGGGUUUCCAAGAACGGCCCAGCUUCGCCUAGCAAACUGACCAGCGGCAUCAACCUUGUCCCUACGGACUCUUUCGAAACAUGCCCUCCGCUUGACAUCGUUCUCAUCGGGGCUUCUACCAUAAACCAACCUCCCGACGAAGCCGGACUAGCCUUUAUACGCAAAGCCUGGGAAGAGUGUUCUGCGUUCCUUACAAUUUGCGGCGGCGUUGUGGUUCCUCUCCAAGCCGGUAUCUUACAGGGGAAAACAGCGACCGGUCCAGUCAUCAUGCUCGACACGUUUCGAAAGCAAGCCCCGGAUACCAACUGGGUCAGCAAGCGCUGGGUCAGAGAUGGAAAGCUGUGGACGAGUGGCGCGCUUCUCAAUGGCGAGGAUAUGAUGACUAACUUUGUCAAGCAUUACUGGGGUGGCACUUAUGUUGACUUCUUGAGCAAGCUUGGUGCUUGGCCUGAUCGUGAUGUCGACUUUAGGGACGUCGCUUGA